AUGGCCAAACGUCAAAGCUACAUCUGUAAGUACACCGACUGCACCAACCAGCGAGAGCGAGGCGGCUACUGCGCCAAGCACUGGAAAAAACUGAACGACGGCAAACCGAUGUUCCCCUGCGCCUUCCCCGACUGCGAAAAGGAAAAACGAAAGGACAAGUACUGCAUCAAACACUGGAACCACAUGAACCCGGGUAAACUCCACCGCCCCUGCAAAGAGUUACGAAGGAAGGACUUUGCUGCAAGCACUGGAAGGAAGCUCACCCCGACCGCGAAUUUCGAGCCCGUCGUCAAUGCAAGGGACUCCACAAAGGAUGCGCUAACAUUGCAGUGA